GUCACUGCCCUCAGUCUCCAUCCCUCUGGCUCCCCACCAACUUCCUCCUUCAGCCAGGGCAGGGUCCUGGGCGCCAACCAGCACCUUCGCGGUCCUCACAGCUCUCCCUGCCACACACUCGCUCAGGGGCCCUGAGGAGAGCAGCCUGUUAUCCAAGGACAUGGGGACGGCAGACGAUGGUGAGGUGGCUCCCGAGGCCCUGCAACCCACCCACAUCAGUGUGCACGUCCACCAGGAGUCGGCUCUGGCCAAGCUCCUGUUGGCAGGAUGCUCUCUGCUGCGGCUCCCAGCCCUCCCCGGAGGCACAGCCCCCCAGACCCUCAGCAACAGCCGGCUGCUGGUGGCCUCCUGGGUGGUGCAGCUGGUGCUAGGUGUCCUGAGUGGCAUCCUGGGGGGAUUCCUCUAUAUCUACAGGCCCACCAGAUUCUGCUACUUGGGAGCUGCCAUCUGGACCGGGGCUGUGGCCGUGCUGGCUGGAGUUGCUGGAUUUCUUUACGAGAAACGGGGUGGAAUUUGCUGGGCCCUGCUGAGGACCCUUCUCAUACUGGCAUCUUUCUGCACCGCCAUUGCAGCCAUCGUAAUUGGGGCUAGUUCCUUCCAUGAAUACCACUACUUUGCAGAUGAAGAUGACUGUAAAAUCUACUCAGAAAAUUGGCCCACUAAAUCCCCCAUCACCCCAAGUCCCAAAGAAGUCAGAAGGCUAAACCUGUGCAUCUCCCAGGUGAACAUGCUGAGGGCCCUGGUCAUAAGCCUCCAGGCCAUGCUCAUGGGUGUCUGGGUUCUGUUGCUUCUGGCAUCUCUGGCCCCGCUGUGCCUGUACUGCUGGAGAAGAUUCCCCCCGAAGAAGAAAAGACAAGAGAGGAAACUACUGGGAGCAAAUGGGAUCUAGCCCUGAGCACUCAUUCCUUCGGAAGGAGAAGGUGCUCCUUCUGCUCUACCUGUCCCCGUAUCUGACUCUUGGAAGAACCAGCAAACUGGAGGGAAGAGACUCCCAUAACCUCACAACCAUGGGGGUCAUGCUCGUCCCACGACCAUGGCCGUGCCCUGCUCCACCGACCUUCAAACAGCUCUCCACUCUCCACUGCUCACUUCGUCAUCCUGCACCCCUCCCUGUCCCCUCCUUUGCAGUAAUUUGAAAAUAAAUUGCUCCUGGAUUCUUA